GAAGUGUUCAAGAGACGCAAGGCCAGAGAGGUCGGAAUGAAAGGUGCAGCAGGAGUGUGAAUGGUGAUAUGCGGGCAGUGGAUCCAGGCCACAGAUUCUCUCGCAGGAUGGUCUCGACUCGUCCUCGUCUCCGAUGCAGGUCCUGAAGAUCCCGAAACAAUGGAAUGGAAGUCGUCGUCCGGGUGGUGAGAUGGACAAGAAUCCGCGGGGGAAAAGAUCGCGUUUCCAGUGUCUCCCUCACGAGAUGUCACUCCAACGUGCGAAAAUGGGCGGAACAGAAGGAAGAGAGACGGAUUGAGCGAGCGAGCGACGGGGUGGGUGUAGUA